AUGCCCCUCAAGGCUCCGCUGCAAAAGCUUGAGCAUCGAGAUAAGUCCAUUGGAACCGUUGAUUUCCAAUACCCUUUGCACGAUGAAUCACUUUUUUCUAUCGCCGAUGAUAGAGAGAACAGCAUUUUGGAUAGAUUCACGCGAAGCCUUGAAAAGGUCCUUACACUGUUACCCGAUGAAGCACAUGUGCACGACUUGAUUAGCCCUAUUGAAGGGACGGGGGAAAGAAAAAUCCGCGAAGUAGGUAUCCGGUUUCGAGCCUACAAAACACUGUUGGAUGCCUGGGAAUCUCUGCACCUUGUUCAGGCGAAAGACCAACUCUUAGUCCGCGACGAUGUUCUGCAGACUUUGAGACGCCAUCCUGAAAUCGCCCACCGUCUUGGCAUGGAUCAUAUCCACUUAACUCAUACCUAUGAAGCAUACCGGUAUUGCCUCGCCCAAUUAUCGAUGCUUCUUUUGCCAUGGACAGCGCCUUAUUUUGCGGACCACACAACUCUCCAUACCCAAUUCUGGAACGCCGGUCGCGGGAUUGUUUUCACUGCUGGAGACAAACAAGCUCCGUACUUGCUGACCUCCAUUCAAUCAAUUAGGAAUCUAGGGUCGGAUUUGCCGAUUGAAGUGAUGUAUCUUGGAAAUGACGAUUUAGGCGAGGAUUACAGAGAAGAACUUGAAUCUAUUCCGGGAGUGAUCACUCGUGAUUUAAGCUUAAUGGUCAAUGACAAUGGGUGGAAACUGCGUGGUUGGGCGGCGAAGCCUUUUGCAAUCCUCUUAUCAAGCUUCCGAGAAGCAAUCUUCAUUGAUGCGGACUCACUCUUUGUAGAAGACCCAACGCAAUUAUUCCUGGAUCAAUCAUAUCGAAGGACAGGGGCAUUGUUCUUCAAAGAUCGGCUUUUCAUGCCGCAGUCGAAAAAAGCCUGGUUGAGACGGAUUUUGCCAACCCCUAUAUCCAAACAAGCCAGAAAAAGCCGAUUAUGGACAGGUGAAAGCGGUCACAUGCAAGAAUCUGGAGUGGUGGUUGUCGACAAGUGGAGACACUUCUGUGCACUUCUCAUGGUAACCCGAAUGAAUGGUCCAGAUCGUGACGGAAAUAAAAAGGAAGGCCGCAUCGGUGUAUACGAUAUGGUGUUUGGCGAUAAAGAGACUUUCUGGCUGAGCUGGGAGCUUGUUGGAGACACCGACUAUGCAUUUCAUGAUGGCGAUGCUGCUGUUAUGGGGAUGGUUCGGGCGAAAGCAGAAGCUGAAGACUCACUAUCUUUGCCAAUCAUGAACGAAACCAGGUAUAAUGAGCAAACAGACUUGAACCUGCAACCCCAACAACAAAUCUUUACGAUCUGCGCACCUCAAUUACUACACCUUGGAGUGGAUGGCCGUCCACUUUGGUUUAAUGGCUGGCUGCUACCAAACAAAUUCUCUCCCAAUCAGAAUAGACGGCCUACUAAUUUUGAAGCUUUUAUUAGAGAGCCAAGAACCUUCGAAGAAGGCAGAUCUUGGAAGCUUGAAGGAAACAACAUCUGCUGUCUGUCAGCCGAUCAUGUAUUCAACUUCACCCCCGCGGAAAAGGAUACACUGGAUCAAACGAUUAAGAUAGCACAGAGAGUGGGCGCUAUUAGUGGAAAAUAG